GAGUGAAGACCCUUAGUUGGUAAGAGCUUCACCAACACACAUAUCCCAUGCAACAAAUGCUUCAAAUCCUAAGACUUCAUUACUGAUCUAGAAUUAGCUGCAAAGCCAAAGCCCUUUGGCCACUUGUGUUCUCUCCAACCUCUUCAAUUCUCAUCGAUCGAUCUCGCUUAGCUUCUCUCUUUAGGAAGGAAGGAAGGAAGGAGAGCGAAGGAAGUGAGAUGGAAGGAAGGAAGAACAAAGAGGAAGAGAAGUUGCCACCGGGGUUUCGGUUUCAUCCUACCGACGAGGAGCUGAUCACACACUACCUUAUCAAGAAGAUUACUGAUGCAGGUUUCAGUGCCAGAGCCAUGGCAGAUGUUGAUCUUAACAAGUGCGAGCCAUGGGAUCUCCCAGGGAAAGCAAAGAUGGGAGAUAAAGAAUGGUACUUCUUUAGCUUGCGCGACCGCAAGUACCCGACCGGGUUAAGGACCAACCGAGCCACCGUUGCGGGAUAUUGGAAGACAACCGGAAAGGAUAGGGAGAUCUUUACUAGUAAUACUUCAGAGCUUUUGGGCAUGAAGAAGACGCUUGUUUUCUACAAAGGGAGAGCUCCAAGAGGCGAGAAGACUAAUUGGGUGAUGCAUGAAUAUCGACUCCACUCGACUUUAGCUCUUAAUACUAACAAUAUCAAGGAUGAAUGGGUUGUGUGUCGAGUCUUCAAGAAGAACACGAGCGGCAAGAAGCUUUCGACAUCAAACCUACAAGCAAGAAUCAAUUCUUAUGGUCAUUUCCCCAUCAUCAACAUGUGUGGCCUAAUGCAGAAUGAACAUUUUCACUUUGGGGCAUCUCAAACCCACCUAUCCAAUCCUAAUUUAACUGAUUUCUCAAGUCGAUUCAACAACCGAGCCGACAAUGGACUUUUAAACAAUCUCUCGGGCAACUUCGGUCCGUCUCUUGCACCGAGUUUGAACAUACACAUGGGAGCUAGUCCAACCAUGGCAACUCCUUUUUCAGGAUUUAUCGAAGGGUUCAAUGUCGAAGCCAAUCCUACAAUGGAAAACAAGUAUCAUAAUAAUGUGGAUUCUUGCAUGGAGGUUGAGGGUUAUGGAUGGUAUUGAGAUAGAGGAAGAAGCUAGCUGGCUAGAUAAAAAUGCACUUGAAUUAAUAUAAUCAAGAUAAUAGAGUUAUUAAUUAAUUCUUGUUGCUUGUCAUGAUUUAAUUAAUCCUCCCAACUUUGUUUUAGAAGAUUGUUAUUAUUGUUAGUGUAUUGAAGAUUAUACAUAUCGACAAUGUAACUUAGAGAUUGUCUUGUGUUAUUCUUUCCCUAAACCUUCUUGUUAAGAAAUUAUAUAGCUAAAUAUUAU